UGUUUGGUAAGCGGCAGUCUCAUUUGGGACCCGGACAGAUCAAGUCGGAGGACCUUAAACUUGAAGCUGAGAAAUCAGGCGGGAGCAAUGAAUUAGUUCCUUCACCGCCUCGGGAUUGAGGCUCAGAGAAGCAGAUAAAAAUUAAACACUGACAUUUGUUGGCAUUCACGAAGGGGAUGCUAUUUCAUCAAAGAAAAUAGCUGUGCUGAGUUGGACUUUCAUGUCAAUUGACAGUUUAUUUUCCAAGUCAAGGUUCUGUUUUUUUUUUUUUUCUCCUAUUACAUGCGGGAUUAAGUGAGGACAAACUGCUCACAUUUCAACUUUUUGACCUUUCAUUAAGUUUCCUCAUUUCGAAACUUGCGGGAAGUCAUCCGAUGCCGACUGAGAAGACAAGUUCACCUUUAAGGGAAAGUUGGAAGAAUUUCAAACCUGCAAGACUUUGGCUGUAGAAACAUGAUUGCCAGAAUCAAUCGCAUCAUCCUCAUCCUGGUGCUCCUCUGCCUCCUCCCCCCAAGUAAGGAGACCUGCCCUUCUAUGUGUCUUUGCACGUCCGACACAGUCAGCUGCAGCUCCAGCGGUCUCACCAAGAUACCCAAGUCACUGCCCUCGUUCGCCAACACGCUUGAUCUCAGUCAUAACCAAAUGUCCUGGCUGGGUCCAGGCAGCUUCAGCAGAAUGUCCAGACUGGAAAACCUUUGGAUGGCCCACAACCAGAUCAGCAGCCUGGCCAACGGGGCAUUUGAGAAUGCCUCGAGCCUACGAUAUCUUGACCUGUCCUCCAACAAGCUCCAAACGGUGGAGCAGCACUAUUUUGAGGGACUGUGGAGGCUGGAGCAGCUCAUUCUCUUUAACAAUAAAAUCACAAAGGUAGAAGCCGGCACGCUGAUGGGUCUGAGCAGCUUGAAAAAGGCGUACUUCAGCCUCAACCGGAUCACGCACUUCCCCUUCUUCUCCAUCCAAGACCAUAGUCACCCCUUUCUGGCCAUGCUGGAUCUCUCAUCCAACCUUAUGACUCAUCUGCCAUGGCAAGAUGUGAAAGCAUUGCCCAGGUCGGUGCAGCGGGGGCUCUACCUUCACAACAACUCCCUUAUUUGCGACUGCUCCAUGUACAGCAUGUUCUGGCACUGGAAUCUCCGAGGGUACGCCUCCCUGAGGGAAUUCACAGACGAACACACUUGCACCAUCUAUGGGGAACCCCGAGCAUCUAUCCGGUUCCUUCGACAAAAUCGCUUUUUCAACAACUGCAGCGUUGAAAAAGCCGUGUCGCUUCCGGUGACCGUGCUCCUCUCCAAGGUUUUGGUUUCCGAGGGUCAACGGCUGCGUCUGGACUGCCAAACAUCCUUGAGUAGCGCCAAUCUCUCAUUUACAUGGUUUUCGCCCAGCCAGGGCUACAUCACUCAGUACAACAUUGAUGACACACUCAUGAGCAUGUUUGCCAAUGGUACUUUGGAGAUCCGAGCAGCCAAGGUCAACGACUCAGGCCUGUAUGUGUGUACAGCAGUGGAUGGUAAAGAGGCCCUGAACGCAACCAGAGAAAUAAACGUGACGGUGCUCUUGCCUGAAGUGGGGUCCUUCAGCACGGGUUACACAACGUUGCUGGGCUGUGCGGUGACGAUGGUCCUCAUCCUCGUAUACCUCUACCUUACCCCGUGCCGAUGCAGCUGCUGCAAGCAGCCCAACCCUCCGGUCAUCCCCGUUGCAACAUACGAACCGGAGAAUUCAAUGCCCGUUUUCUCCUCUUGCACAGCAGACAGAGGGAAAAGCCACCUUAACAAGCAUGUGGCGUUCAUGCAGCCGAUGCUGAGUGAAGAAGAGCCUGAAUGGACACAUGAAAGCUGAUUCCAGAACAAAAACAGAGGCCAUCAGACGCAAAGUCACCUUUUUUUUCCUGGAUGUCACCUGCUGUUAACAAGCAUAAAAGUUCCUUCUGCUUUGUUCUUGUUAGCUGCUCAAAUUGGCCGUAGGGUUUAACAGUGAGCACAAUAGAGCCAUCCUCACCUCCUAAAGUCACCUCGUAAUGAUUUGGUGCAGUGCAAUUAUGGUCAAGGGUGACUCGAGAAAUGGCACAUGUUUCUAUUAGCAACUGUUAAAAAAAAAUGCUCUUAGUGCCCCUGAUAAAUGACUUUUAAUUAACUACAUUCUCUGUUGCUAAAACUACAGACUAUUGUAUGCACAGUACAAGAUGAAUUCACUAAGAAUAAGUCAUGUAAUUUUAAGAAUAAGAAGGCAAAUCAUGCUGUAGUCAACCACACAGAAUUGUCACUUUUUGUCUGGGAAAAAAAAAAAAGGUGAGUCAGGCAAUCCCCCUCCCCUCAUCACGUCAUUUGUAAAUCUUUGAAUUGAUUUGGUAACAAACAACACAUUUUGAACAGAAUAGGCUCAAUUUCAUCUGCAGAUGCCCAUAAAUGCUGUUUGAUCCUAAUUCUUCUGUAAGAGCAGGCUGGCUGUGUUUGUUUGCCAACUUGGCAGACCAUUCUCUGCUAAAUUGGGUUUACCGGCGCAGCAUAGGGAGUGUCGUCAGGGAUGUGCCUGGCGGAGUGACAAUUUUGUGGCAGAAAGUUGAUCGAAAGCUAUGCUUGCUCAGAUCCGGUCUAAGUGAGUAUUUACAAAGGGAAUGAGGCAAGUUUCUCUGAAUGGUUGGCUGUGAGUACUCCCACAGCGGCGCAGACCUCCCUCUCUCAGCUCCACCAGCUUGCACUCAUAUGUGACACCGGGUCCAAGCUGCAUGUUUUGCAGAAUUGACAAAAGAAUAGAAACGUAAAAAUAGAGCCCUAUGAAAUUAAUAUAACUACAACACCCGAAUAGAACUGGCUAAUGCUUCAAGCAGCUGUCAUGUGAGACCAAAGGUUGGUUGUACAUUUGAUGUGCAUAUUAUUUGAUGGCAUUUACACACUACUGUACAAUAAAGGGGAUGAAAGGAGGUGAAGUCUUGCAGGAAAGCAUUAAGUCAUGACAUGAAAGACAAUACAGAGGUGGGCCGGGAACCUUUCAGCAGAGACAAAAGAACAAAUCAUUUCUUUCCUUCCAAUCAUCUUGAUGUUAUGAGCCUAUAGUUUAAUCUUAAAACAAACGCUGUAUCCAUAUUUAACUGGAUUAGGUGUAAUCCUUCAUGUCAAACAAAAUCAUUUGAAACAACCAGGCUCAUGGGAGAGGGCCUGGAAUUAUGUGUAAACCCCAAUUCAAAACUGACCUUUUAUGUCUAAUGGAACGUCUAUCGUUGUAUAACCCGCAUGAAAAUUCACAAACUAAAAAGUGCAGCUUUAAAAUUCUAACGAGGAGCCAUGCAGGAGGGCUACCCGCCCGUGCUAAAUUUAAUGGCUGAUAUAAUCUAACUAAAAGAGCUCAGUGGUCGGUCUACUCACUUGUCUCAGCAAGGAUGUAUGCACAUUUGUUAUUUCUGCAUGUGUGAUGAGGUAAACUAGUGUUUGGUUGUUCUGUUGUCAAUCACUGUCUGAUUUGAGUAAAUUAUUCCAAGAUGCAAGUACAGUAAGUGAUCAAAAAUCAAGUUAGCGUCUAUCUAAUUACACAGGCGUCAGUGUUUACAUUUGAUGUAAAUGUCUGUGUUGCCAUCUGUCCAUGACUUGACUACAAGCCACAUCCAAGGUUCAGUGAUUUAGAGCCUGAGAAAAGUCAGUCAUUGUGCAAUACAAUUGAAUUUAAUGCGCACCAAUGAGUAGCAGUAUUUACAAACCACAGCUGCUAAAUGCAUUCAAGCAUGUGCACAAAUUCCGGUGACCAUCACUCUAGAUUAAUGCAAUAAUGGAAAUCAGGGCACCAACAUGAAUGACUGAUGAAUACUUAACAUGACUCUCUGUAUGUACGUAGAUGGCGUCUUCACGUAGAAGUUGAAUUUGUCUUGUGACAAAUCAAAACAUGCAUUGCAAAUCAUCUUUCCCCAUUGAGAUAAAUGGAAAUGCCAAUUUUCGGUUCCAGCAACCUAUGAAAUAAAAAAAAGUAUAAAUAAAAAAACAUACACUAAUAACAUAACUGAAUCAAAUGCAAAGAAUUCAACUGCUAUGAUGAAUUAAACUUCAUGAUAAUUCAAUGGUAGUUGUGUACACCUUGCCCACCAAGGAGCAGUAUAAUACAUAAAGACAUACCAGAUAUAGAUUUGACAACUAA